GAGAAGUGAAAAAUUUUUGGCUCUGUGAAUGACUAAUUUUCACAAUUUCCACCAAAAAUUAUACAGUGACGGUGUUAAAAAGGGAAAAUUCGAGAUAAAAUGGAAGAACGGUUAGAUAGUUUGUCAACGAAGGAUCGACAGGAAUUGCGCAAUAUUCGCACACUCCUCUGGGGCUCCAAUGAUAUUGGGAUCUUUGAGCGAUGGUCACAAGGUUUUGAAUUCAGUGAUCAGGAACCAUCGGCAUUGGUACAGUGUCAAGGUGGUCCAUGUGCCGUAAUAGCUCCCGUACAGGCCUUCCUCCUCAAAAUUCUCCUAAUGGAUACACCUGGCUAUAGUUUCUACGACCUCACGGCUGACAAAUGCAGAACAGUAUUGAUUCAGGCCAUUUGCAAUAUCCUCAUGAAGUGCAAGGAGACAAAAUACCGAAUAGUCACACUGAGAACGUCUGAGGAGGUUGCCCCUCAAACACCCCCAAGUGAUGUUGUCGAUGCGGCACGACUCAAUGACGCCGAUCCCGUUGCGUCACCCAGUAGUCCACCACCAGUAGUUGUUGGGGAGCAGCAGCAGCAAACAGAGGAGGGUACGGAGAGUAGUCAACAACCUGGUACAUGGGAUCCGGAUCAAUUUCACGAGAGGCUCACAAUUGUUGACAUGGAAACCAUUGAUGAGGUGGAAAAAUUCUAUUUGGAGAAUAUGAAUCUUCUCAUGGGGCACUACGGGGUACUAUUGCUCCUCUACUCUGUGCUAGCAACAAAGGGAAUUGAGAAUGUUGUGCAGGAGCUCAAUGACACAUCGGAGCCCCUAAUUCACGGCACCUACGGCUACGGUUCGCAGGGUCUUAUUAAUCUCAUGUUAACAGGGAGGGCAGUUGGUCAUGUCUGGGAUAAUGAUGAAGAUGUCGGGGGAUUGAAACUUCGUGGAAUUAAUCAACAAUCCGACAUUGGAUUCAUUACGACAAUGGAACAGAUGCGCUACUGCACCGUGGGGUCCUUCUAUAAGAAUCCAAAGAACCCAGUUUGGGUGAUGGCGAGUGAGACGCAUCUUUCGGUGCUCUUUAGCACAGAGAAACGUCUCGUAUCGCCGGAAACACCCAGCGAAAUUGCCCGGAGGGUUUUCAAGAGCUACGACCCAGAAGGCAAUAAUUUUAUACCGUCUGUGGUGCUUCAAGAUGUACUCUGUACAUUGGAUUUGGUCAGUGAUAAGGAAUACGUCGAUUUAAUGCGUUCAAAGCUCGAUCCUGAGAAUUUGGGUAUCAUUCUGUUGAACGGAUUUAUGGAUGAAUUCUUUCCCCAGGAGAAGCGUUCGAUGCCGGAUACAUUUGUACUGUGGCACUACAAUGGCAUUCCCGGAUCGAAUUAUGGGAGUAAAGUGAAGUACAGCAAGGGCGUGGCGAUUCUCCUGGAGAGUGACCUUAAGCUCAUGUGCAACAUCUCGAAUCCCAUGUUGAUGUGUCUACAGACCAAGUGGCCAAACAUUGAGGUGAAUUGGCAAGAUAGGACGCCAUCACUCAAUUGACCAAAUCCCACUUCCUGCGUACCCACUGCUGGUGCUCCCACUCACACACACACACACAUGCUGAUGAUCCAACAACACUGAGAGUCUCCCCAAAAUCCUAUUAAAAGAAAGGCCUCCAUCUCUCGCCUCUAGAAUUUUAUUUUCUAGUUAUUUUACAACACUCCCCCCUCCCCGUUCCCAGUGAAAUAAUAAUAAUAAUAAUGUCCCUGUUGACAAAAACAUUGCGUAAUUUAUUUAAGUUAUUUAUGUUUGGCAGCAAAAAAAAUUACGUAGUUGCUUCCUUUGCCCCACAUUAACAUUGCUUCUGUGUAAUAGAGAAAGAAAAAGAAGUAAUAAAAAAAGAAAAUACACCAUCUCGGAUCUUUCGCGUAUCCAGCCUUUAACGACAACCCGCCCAAUGUCCUGCGUAUCGUUUUUUUUUUUUAGAAGAACCUAACUUUUUGGCUAAACGUAAAAGAAACUCCGCGUAGAUAAGUUAAAUGCGCAUUAGAUAAAAUAAAAAGGAAAUAAAGAAAUUGCCAAAAAUGAAACUUUUUCAUUUAAAAAAAAAAAAGAAAAUUGUAUAGAAAAUUGCUGGUCCGUUUUAUUUGGUUAAUUAGGCAAAAGAAAACAAUUAUGUAAUCCAGUUGAAAAGUUAAGUUGGUGUACAAGCAAGGAAAACAAUCCAAUAAUGUUCUUUCACAAAAUUGCGUUUCCCACGAGGCUGACAAUAUAACUAUUUUCUUUGAAAGAUUAAUAAAAUUAAUUAAAUGAUUAAAA